UUACCCCUUUAUUUUCAUCACCAUCCUCAAAAAAAACAAAUAUUGAAAUCUAUUACAACAACAAUGAGUGCCUGUGUAAUGUCAGGUUUGGCUCACUUGUUUGGAAUCUUGUCCUUCAUACUCAUACUUGUUUGGUUGUUACAUUUUCGCGAAGGGAUUGACUAUGCUUCCGUGAAUCCAUUUCGCGUCUUCAAUGUACACCCUUUAAUGAUGUUCCUCAGCCUUAUUUUCCUUGCUGGUGAAGCUAUUAUGGCAUUCCAAACGGUACCUGCACAAAGACAUAUCAAGAAGUUUUUUCAUAUGGCACUACACUUGAUUGCUAUUGUUUUGGGCAUAGUUGGUUUGUGUGCAGUUUUCAAGUUCCAUGAUAUGCUACAUAUUCCGCAUCUUUACAGUCUUCAUGGAUGGAUUGGUAUUCUCACCUUGUGCUCGUAUGGUUUGCAGUGGGUUUUUGGCUUGGUUACAUUCUUGGUUCCUGGAGCACAAGAUGCAACAAGAGCUAGAGUACUUCCAUGGCACAAAAUUGGUGGUAAAGUACUAUUUCUUAUGGCAAUAUGUGCUGCAGAAACAGGAUUGAUGGAGAAGGCUGGUUUCUUGAGUCUGAAGGCACAUCAGACUGAAACUAGUUUGGUCACCUUCACUGGUCUUUCAAUUCUAUUGUUUGGUGCCUUUGUCUUCGUGUCUAUUGGUAUUCGUUAAUUACUUUGACAAAAAUGUAUUUUCUACCUUAUGUAAUUGAUUCGAAACCGAUGAGGGAAAGGGGGGGAAGUGAUGAGAUACAAGUUGAGUUAUAAUAUUAUAUUAUAAAUUAUGAUCUAUUGUGUUAAACACUAAUUAGUUGA